AUGGAAGAAGAGAAAAAGUGGUUGCUGCGCACCAAGGAAGACGGUGCCAAAGUCUACCUGGAAGAUAUUAUGUUUCAAUACGGAAUGGAGUGCGAUUAUGAGCAUACCGUCCACUCAUUCAUAAUCGAUCCCAAGGAUGAUUGCUGGCAAGACUUGCUAACAAAGCAAGAGCUUGCAGAAAUAGAAACAGUAGGAGGGGAUGUUUUCCCUUCGUUGGACGAUUCUGUUCAAGAAAUCUUUGAGCAGUGUGAAAUGGCGUUACAACUACUGGAAGAGAACGAUGACACCAAAGAGGACGAAUAUGUCAAAUGCAUUUGGAAGGCAAUCACUUCUUUUGGCUUCUUUGACCCUGACGUUCAAGCACAACAAUACUGGAUCCAGUAA